UGUUCUACGAGGAUGGCUUUUCAUGGAAGAGCGUUUGCAUACGUUGCUUUAAUUACUUUGCUGAAUGGAAUUAUUUGUGUGAACCACAGCACGUUUAAAAAGUGCGAACAAAGUGCCUUUUGUCGCCGGCUUCGUCGAACUGCACCACAGGAAAGUUCCUUCAUAGCGCAAAUUGACACACUACAGGUGAUCGAGAAUGUAGUGAUGCUGGACCUUCUGGAUACCGAUACGUCCCACUGGUACACGCUAGCAUUGAGUUCUGUUAACGAGAAAAGUUUUCAUUUUGAAAUCGACGAGAAGCAUCCAUUGAAUAGAAGAUAUCGAGUGCAAGAUUCUUUGGCUCAUAAGCUUACAAUUCGGAACAUUACCGUAGAGAGCCAAUAUCCUACCAUCGUGAUCGUCGAUGGCGACAAAGUAGCACACAUUCAUCAAUCUCCAUUCCGUAUGGAUUUCCAUUACGAAAACAAAUUGUUUGUUUCAGUGAACUCCAGAGGAUUAUUGAAUGUUGAACGGCUGCGUGAGAAACCUGACAAUCCUCCUGAAGGCGAGUGGGAGGAAGAGUUUAACGGUUUCAUUGAUAGUAAACCUAGAGGCCCAGAAUCGAUGACCUUAGAUUUUACCUUCCAACAGGCAGAGGUUAUGUUCGGCAUUCCAGAGCAUGCUGAUGACUUCAUUCUGAAAGAUACGGUGCAGGGAAAUAGCGAUCCAUAUCGACUGUACACUUUGGAUGUGUUCGGCUAUGAACUUGAAAGUAAAAUGGCACUUUAUGGAGCAGUUCCUGUUAUAUAUGGCCAUGGCAAGACCGGUUGCUCUGGGAUAUAUUGGCAGAACUCAGCAGAGACAUGGGUUGAUGUAUUUUUGAAUGAUAUACCGACAGCCAAUUUCAUUUCCGAGAGUGGCAUCAUUGAUGUUUUCGUAUUGAUGGGCUCUUCUCCGGUUGAUGUGUUUCAGCAAUAUACGUCUUUGACCGGAACUGCGCCCUUACCUCAGAUGUAUGCAUUAGGAUACCAUCAAAGCCGUUGGAAUUAUGAUAACGAAUCCGAUGUUGCGAUGAUUGAUUCUAAAUUUGAGGAACACAACAUUCCUCUCGAUAGCAUCUGGUUGGACAUUGAAUAUACGGACGGCAAGCGAUAUUUCACUUGGGAUUACGUUAGAUUCCCCAAUCCAAUACGAAUGAUAAAUAAUUUGGAGGCAAACUCACGCCACCUUACAAUAAUAAUUGAUCCGCAUGUUAAAAUCGAUCCCGAUUACUUCUUCCACAAAGAUUGCACUUUUGGAGGAUUAUAUGUGCGAACUAAAGAGCUAGAAGAUUUCCAAGGUUCAUGCUGGCCAGGACCUUCUAGCUAUACGGAUUUCCUUAAUCCAGAAGCUCGCAAAUAUUAUGCCGAUAGGUUUCUAUUGUCAAACUUCAAUGAAUCGACACGUGAUGUAGGUAUCUGGAAUGACAUGAAUGAACCAUCAGUAUUCGAUGGACCGGAAGUCACCAUGCAAAAGGACAAUAUUCAUUAUGGCGGGUGGGAGCAUCGGGAUGUUCAUAAUUCAUAUGGUCAUUAUCAUGUGAUGGCGACCUAUGACGGAUUGGUACGACGAAGUGAAGGAACACGACGACCUUUCGUUUUAACUAGAUCGCAUUUUGCCGGAACACAACGUUACUCUGCUGUGUGGACUGGUGAUAAUAUGGCAGAAUGGGGUCAUCUGCAAGCAUCUCUUAAAAUGUGCCUUUCAGCCUCGGUUGCAGGGAUUAGUUUCUGUGGGGCUGAUGUCGGUGGCUUUUUCAAUGAACCGAGUUCAGAACUUUUCUUCCGUUGGUAUCAGGCAGCAGCUUUCCAGCCUUUCUUCCGCGGUCAUGCCCACGAGGAUACUCAACGUCGCGAGCCCUGGUUGUGGCCUGAAAAAGUAAAGCAGAUUAUUAGGAACGCGAUUCAAAAACGUUAUCGUCUUCUGCCACUCUGGUACACAAUGUUUUACGAGCACGAACGAUAUGGGGCACCAAUUAUGCGCCCACUGCUGACUCUAUAUCCCACGGAUGCCCAGGCAUUUAAAAUUGAUUCGCAAUAUUUACUCGGAGAUCAGUUGCUGGUAGCCCCCGUGUUGGAGCCCGGCCAAACUAGCUUAAAUGUUUACUUUCCAAUGAAAGAAAAUGGUCAACCGGAUACGUGGUAUGACUUUGAUGAUUACCGUUCAUACGGCAACGCCGGAUAUGUGUCAGUCCCGGUUGAUGAUUUUAAGAUUCCUGUCUUUCAAAGAGCGGGUACAAUAGUUGCGGUGAAAAAUACUAUCAGAAAAUCAACUGUAUUGAUGAAAACGGACCCUUAUACGCUACUGGUAGCGUUGGACAAUAAUGGAUCUGCCAAAGGAACUCUGUACGUUGAUGAUGAGAUAAGUUUCGAGUAUCGUAAUGGCCAAUACGUCUAUAUAGAGUUGAGGUUCGUGAAUGGAACACUUUACUCCAGCAAAAUUGAUGCUAGAUCAUCGUUCGACACAGCGGUGGUGUUUGAGAGAAUCGUUUUCGCAGGAUUGCACAAAAAGCCAAACUCAGUAAAACUUGAAGCACCAAAUCGUAAUUUUACUAGCGUUAAUGUGCACACGCGUGAUAACAUAAGUUCAAUCGAAAAUUUGGAGUUGUCGGUAAAGGAGGAAUGGAAAAUAUUCUUGCUAUAAUGGAACCGGGACAGUAGGACCUGUUCUAGAAUAAAUAUUGAGUCAGUUUCGAUUUCUUUUAUUAUCAAAAAUACUCGUUAUUUAUAAAUUAC